AUGGCGGGGUGGAAGGUGCUGUUGGUUUGGAGGGGGUUGGCUCUGUUGUUCGUCUCCGAGCUGACGGCAGCAGGGGGAGGAGAGACAUCAGACGACGACAGGAACGGCCAUGACCAUGAGCAGAUCAAAGAACUGCCCAGCAACUUCAACUGGACGCACCGGUACGAGUGCCACGGCAAAAACUGCGCUCGUUGGCUGGACGUGACCUGUGCUGCUCAUCUUCUCAGUUUUGGAGCCGUGUCGGAAGCCACCAUGGACUUCCAGGUGAGCAUCCAGCUGGUGGAGCAGUGGCGGGACCCUCGGGUGGCGAACCUGACGAAGGAGGAGCGCGUGCCGGUAGCCCCGGAGGUGGAAAUGUGGAUCCCGCAUGUCGACUUCACCAACGCCAAGACCACCACGGUCACCACCGGGGAGGACGAGACGUCCAUGUGGGUGUCACGGGACGGAUUCAUCAACCGGGCAUUGAGAUAUGACAUCCGUGCUUCCUGCCCGAUGAACCUACAGAGUUUCCCGUUGGACAAACAGCGAUGCAAGCUCAAGCUGGACGGAGUUGAUGACGUCCGCCUGCAGUGGGGUUUCCCGUUCAUCUGGGCCCAGGACGUGCCGGUGGUGACAGACGCCACGGCGCUCCACUCGCAGUUCAAACUCACCGGCAUCACUACCAAGGCUUACGUCAACUCAUUCCUUCCCAACGCCAAAGGAAAAGGCUGUACCUACGCGGCGAGCACGUGCGGGUUUGAGGGUGCAGACGACUGCCUGACGGACACGCAGCACUGUGAGGACGCCGUGGGCACGCAGGAGUGUGACGGGUGUCAGUACUUCACCGGCAGCUGCCAGAACCGGAGCAGGGAGUGCAGUCUACUGGAGACAGGUGACAAGAACACCUUCACCACGCUGGAGAUCCAGCUGCACCUGUCCCGGCGCCUGGCGUACCACCUGCUGCAGAUGUACAUCCCCUCCACCUCCAUCGUCAUCAUGUCCUGGGUCUCCUUCUGGAUCGACAUCGCCGCCGUCCCUGCCCGGGUGUGUCUGGGCGUCACCACGGUCCUCACCAUGACGGCGCAGAGCGGCCGCACCUUCGCCAUGCCCGAGGUCUCGUACGUUCGCGCCAUUGACGUGUGGAUCGUCGUCUGCCAGCUUUUCGUCUUCUCGGCGCUCAUCGAGUACGCCGUCGUCAACUUCGUCUACAGGUUCGGCGGGCUCGUGGUGCGCAGACUGUCCAACGCCAAACCACUGGACCAUGGUCCAGACGACGUCACCGCCGUAAAGAUCCAGCAGCUGAAGAACCCCGGAGACAAAGGCAAGCGGAAGGCGCAGACCAUAGACAACGCCUGCCGAGUCAUCUUCCCGUCAUCCUUCAUCGUCUUCAACCUGGUGUACUGGGCCGUCUACCUGCUGUAAGGCCCACACCAUAGACAAGACCUUCCGUGCACCUGCUGUAAUAACUAGACCAUAGACAAGGCCUUCUGUGUACCUUCUGUAAGGACAAGACCAUAGACAACGCCUGCCGAGUCAUCUUCCCUUCAUCCUUCAUCGUCUUC